ACGACGGUACUGUGUUUAUUUAGUUUAAAAUGGAUUCAAUUCCUAAACAUUCACUAUUGCAAUUUAAUCCGGACACUCUUGGAUACAUACGUAAGGUAUGUAACCUACACGAACCCGGUAGGAUGAAGGAAGCGAUUAAAAUAUUGGACGAAUGGACGAAAAAGCAGAGUCAUUUCAAGAACAAAAAUUUUGAUCCAUUUUAUUUGGAGACGACAAUAAUCGCUUGCAAGGGGUCAAUGGAGAGAGCUAAAUCACAAAUAGAUAGCAUCUGCACGUUCAGAACUUUAAUGCCGACAUUCUUUAGAAGAGUCAACGUGAAACAUGAUCUUGGAAAUCUUUACGACAUUGUACGUCCAGUCAUGUUACCGAAGUUGACACCGGAUCACUAUCGUGUGUUACUGGUUAAAUUCUAUGGAGCAGCAUUUGAAGCAUCCCAGUAUAUGGAUUAUUAUAAUUUUUGUAUCAUAAUAGCAGAAUACUUAAAAGUACACGACUAUUUAAAUGGAUUUUUAGUAUUUACGGAUUUCACUGAAAUCAAUUUAAUGGAUUUUAUAACGAAAUUAAAUCCGAUUGAACUGCGUCAAGCAUUAGCUAUAUACAUGCAAGGAUUCGGUAUGAGAUUAAAAGGUAUUCAUAUCUUAACUUCGUCGAAAUUGAUUGAUGUUUUGAUAACUUUAUUAAAACAAAUCCUAAGUGAAAAACUAAUCAAGCGCAUCUUUGUUCAUAAGACUAUAGAUACUGUUUACGAACAUAUACCAAAGACUAUUCUGCCUUCUGAAUUUGGUGGUGAGGAACGUAAUGUUAAAGAACUUCAUGAAUCUUGGGUUGAGCUACUUAGCUCUGAUGAACAUCUUGCUCAUUUAGAUAGGCAGCGUGAAACAAGAACCGACGAGUCUCUCCGACAGUCACAAGUUUUUAACGAACAAUACGCUGGAAUGCCAGGAACGUUUAGAACACUUACCGUGGACUAAAUAUCCUAUUAUCCAUACAUUUACCUAUGUAAAAAAUUGUAAACAAGCAUUACUUGAUAUGGAAAGCUACUAUUACAUUAUUUUAUAACUUGUCCUCAAAGUUGAACUAUUAUUAAAAGUUACAUGGAAAAAUUACUACGCUUGUUGAAAAUGAGAAAUAUGUCUUUUGACUUUUUUUUAAAUGUAUACAGUUAAAUUAUAAUUUGGGUAAUCCUAAAACUUUCUUGUUGUUCUUAAAAGCGUGCUCUUUUUGUUUUGAUCGCAUUAGUUUUGUAUUGCGUGGCGAGUGUCGUCAACUUUCUUGAGGAUAUUUAAAAUUUUAGUAAGUAUAUUUUUUAUUGUUUUAUGUUUGGGGUACCUUACUUAACAAAGAGAUCUUGUUU